UAGCUUUUGACUUUAGUUCUUUAUCACUAUCAUUAUUAUACAAACAUUUAUAACAUAGGUACACAAACAAUAUUACAUUUUAUUCCAUCAGUCAUACUUAAUGUUCACGUGUAAAAAUCAAUUAACAAUUAAUAUACCAACUUUUAUUAGUUUUAAUUCUCUACGACAAUAGGUUAUCAUAUGUGACAACAACAAUGAUGAUGAUUAAGCUAGAAAUCAAACGAUUUAAUUAUUUUCUUUGAUAAUUUGUUAUUUUUUUUUACGGAUGCUAUUUUAAAGUACAAAUUGUGAUUAUUCGUCUUCGGUAGUUUUUUUUUGUUUCAGAUUUUUAAUUAAGUUUGAGAAUAAAUAUGAAGCGUAAAAUAGAUAAAGAAGAUUCAGAGAAUGGACAGGUGGUAGAUUCAAAUAUUGCUGAAGACAGUGAUAUUCGUGGUGAUGAAGGAAAUAUUGCAUUACUCCUUUUUUUAUAUUUAUUACAAGGCAUUCCGUUAGGUCUUUGUAGUGCAAUGCCAAUGAUCCUUCAGAAUAGACAUAUUUCUUAUAAACAACAGGCUGAAUUUAGUUUUGUACAAUGGCCAUUCUCAUUAAAAUUACUAUGGGCACCAAUAGUAGAUGCUAUUUACUCACGUAGAUUCGGACGUCGUAAGACGUGGUUAAUACCUACUCAAUAUGCGAUGGGUAUUUUUAUGUUGUAUUUAUCUGGUUGUGUACAAGACUGGUUGGGUUCAGAUACUGAAGCACCAAAUAUAGGAUUACUUACAAUUUUAUUUUUUACUCUAAAUGUCCUAGCAGCAACGCAGGAUAUAGCUGUCGAUGGUUGGGCAUUGACAAUGUUAAAAAGACAAAAUGUAGGAUACGCAUCAACUUGUAAUAGCGUUGGUCAAACGGCAGGAUAUUUCCUGGGUUAUGUUUUAUUUAUUGCUUUGGAAUCUCCAACACUUUGCAAUAGCUAUCUACGUUCCGAACCUUCUGAUCAAGGAAUUUUAACACUACCUGGAUUUUUAUACUUUUGGGGAUGGAUAUUUAUUGCUGCAACGACACUAGUUGCGAUACUAAAGCACGAAGUAGACGAAAAACAUGUUAAAAGUGAAGAUUUUUUCACAAAUAUCAAACACGCUUAUCAUUUACUCUGGUGUACGAUAAAGCUACCGUCAAUUAAAACUACAGCAUUAAUUUUAUUAACUACCAAGAUUGGAUUUUCCGCUUGUGACGCAGUAACAGGAUUGAAACUUGUCGAUGCUGGAGUACCAAAAGAAAAAUUAACAUUAAUGGCUGUGCCAUUGAUACCAAUGCAGAUUAUUUUAUCUUGUGUAGUAUCUAAAUAUACAUUAGGACCACGUCCAAUGGAUAUUUACUUGAAGGCGAUGCCGUAUAGAUUAGCAUUUGGGCUAGUUGCUGCUGGUUUAGUUUGGGUUACACCGUCUUUCGUCAAUAAUGGUGACGUACCAUUAUAUUAUUGUAUUAUUGUUAUUACUUUUUACGCAAUACACCAGUUUGCUUCGACGAGUAUGUUUGUUGCAUCCAUGGCUUUUUUCGCUAAAAUAAGUGAUCCAGCUGUUGGAGGUACUUACAUGACAUUUUUAAAUACUCUGUGUAAUCUCGGUGGUAAUUGGCCAGCGACAGCAGCACUUUGGUUCGUUGAUACAUUAACUUGGAGAUCAUGCAGUACUGAUCCUGCUAAUGAUUGUAGUACUUCCGUAGAGCGUGAGCAAUGUGAAAUAGGUUCCAAAGGGACUUGUCUUACGGUGCUCGAUGGUUAUUACAUUGAGAGUAUUUUGUGUGUGAUUGUUGGAUACUUAUGGUUCAAAUGGGGUCGAAGAAAAAUAAAUUACUUACAAUUACGACCAAUGUCCGCUUGGAAAGUGAUACCUCAAAAAAGCUAACACUUGUUACGUUUUAUUUAUUGUUAAAUCGUUAAAUUUUUACUGAGUAAAUGUCAAUAUUUGUGAACUAUUAUUUUUAAUUUUAGUGAAUGAAUUAUUAUUACAAUUAGGUUUAAUUUUAAAAUUGAAAAUGGUAAAAACUGUCAAUAAUACAUGAUUUAUUUAUUUAAAAAUUGAAAGAGAUAAAGUAUAUCGAAAAGAGAACUAUCAUUACAGACGAGGUAUUAUUUAAUAAUAUUAUUUAAGGGUAUUAAUAAUAUUAUUUAUUAAUAGAUAAUAAAUAAUAAUAACAAUUUAGAUCUCUUUCGAUUUUUAUUCUCCUGGAAAUAAUUACCG